UUGAUAUUUGCAGUUCGCCAUUGUAUUUUAUAUAAAGGGAAGCGAAGAUAUUAUACUGCAUGGAAGAUAAAAACGACAUAUCCAUAGCCUCACAGUUGUCUCCGGCCACCAUACCCGAUGGCUCUCUGGUGGAAGCCAAAGAGCCGAACCUUUGCGAUGGUGGUGGUGUUGGUGCAGUAAUAGACUCUGGAGGUGACGGAGGAGGAAGAGCGUCAGAGUCGGUUAUGACUGUCGAAGUAACAGUUAAGAGAAAAAGAGGGAGGCCAAGGAAAUUUGAUUUGGGCGCAAAAGCGACAUCGUUGCCGCCGCCUGGUUUUUCAUCAUCUAUAUCUAUGACCUGUGAGAAGCGAGGCAGAGGAAGGCCACCCGGCUCCGGUAGACUUCAGCUAUUGGCUGCUCUUGGUGGUAUUGCUGCAGAAACAGCAGGAGGAAGCUUGAUUCCUCAUGUGAUUACAGUGAACUCGGGAGAGGAUAUUGUAAGUCUGAUAAUAUCAUUCGCCCAAAAAGGUUCUCGAGCAGUUUGUGUUCUUUCUGCUACUGGAGUUGUCUCAAGUGUUAUAAUGCGCCAACCAGGUUCUUCUGGUGGAAUUUUGAGAUAUGAGGGCCGCUUUGAAAUUCUCUCUUUACGUGGAUCAUUUACAUUUGGCCAAAAAAAGGGGGCACGAGCACAUAGCAAAACUGGCAUGUUAAGUGUUUCUCUCGCGAAACCUGAUGGCGGGGUUUUUGGUGGCGGUGUUGUUGGCUCCUUAAUAGCAUCGGGACCUAUUCAACUAAUUUUGGCGAGUUUCAAGCAAAAUAUUAGUAAGAAUAUCAAAUUGAGUCAAUUGGCUAAUUCUUCAACAGCUGGUGGGACUUUGCUUGCGGAUUCAGAAAUUGCAAAAUUUCCCAUACAAAUUGCAGCAAUUACAGAGGGUGAAGGGAAUUGCACAGACUCUGCUAAUACAUUACCUGUAAGCCAACAACACAUGUUGAAAAUUGGUCCUCAAGAUAUAUUUCAGCUUCCACAACCCAUUUCAGGAGAAAGGGCACUGUCUCCAGAUAAAAAUUCCAUUAAUAAUAUUUGAAGUAAGGGUUGUGGGAUUCUUAAUUUCUUUUUCUUUCUGUUAUGUUUCUGAUUAUAGCCCUUAAUUUGGUUUGGUGUUGGUAAGACUUUUAGAUGUGAGGAUUUUGAGUGUGAGAACAAAUAUGUCAUUUUGAAAUAUCGAAUACCUUUAGUUUAAUUA